CAAAGUACAAAUGCAUGCUAAUAAUAGUAAUCUAGGCUUAAGUGAUAAUAAUAUAGGGCAUAAUUGACCCGACUUCAGUUAAAAUUGAGUUCGUAGUUAACGUUUGAAACGGGCACGGCGACGAUGGGUUCAAAAUUUCAAAAAUGACCAAUGCAGAAUUCAAGCGGGAUGACGAACCCUCCGAGGAACAAAUUUGGUUUCGCGGAUUAGUUGACUGGACUCUAAAACGCCGAAUCCUUGAAUUCCACUAACGGUGUAUAACAAUAUUCUUGACUCUUCAUUAAGCAAAAUACUUACAGAUGAAUCGGCCGAAACCUUGCUGUCGAUUAAAAACGGUGGCUACCCAUUGGCUAAUGAAAUUAAAAAGGAAGCCUUCGACGAUGACCUGAUGGAUCUGGACGAUCAGUCACAUUGGAAUAAUUCUAUGGAUGAUUCAAAUAUGGACCCUGAAGAUUCGGAACCUAUGCCUGAGUUGGGGCCUGCGGCUUUGGGGCUCCAAAGGGUUGGAACGCAGCCGCCACCGAAACCCAAUCCCCCAACACAACCAAUUCAAGUAUUGAAUCGCCGAGGAAUGCCUGCUAGGAUCAGGAAGAAGAAUAAAUUGUUCUACGAUGACAUUCUCGUCAACCAUCCGCAUCAUAGAAUCAAAAAGGAUCCUAAUUUGGAAAUGAAACAUUCUCCCAAAAGAGUACCACGGCCAUCCCCAGCUAAAAAACAGAAUAGACAUGUCAGUGAAUCAAAGAGAAGUACGGGUACGCCGUCGCAACCAUCGACUCCAGUUACUACACCUAUAAAACAGGAAAAGGAGCCAGAAAAACCGGCGCAACCAGCUUCCCCUGACCGAAAAAUCGGACAGAAGAUUGGUAUGAGACUGAGAAACUUGCUAAAAUUACCCAAGGCACAUAAAUGGGUCUGCUACGAAUGGUUCUACAGUAAUAUUGACAAAACGCUUUUUGACGGUGACAACGACUUUAUGAUUUGUUUGAAGGAGUCGUUUCCACAGCUUAAAACACGGAAGUUGACACGAGUGGAAUGGUGUAAAAUACGGAGAAUGAUGGGAAAACCAAGACGGUGCUCGCAAUCGUUUUUUGAAGAGGAAAGACGAGAGUUAGAGCGGAAGCGACAAAAAAUUCGUAUGCUUCAGCAGAGAAAAACGGCCGAUAUAAGUAGCUUUAAGGAUCUGCCUCCUGAAAUUCCUUUACAGCUUGUUAUCGGAACAAAAGUUACAGCAAGACUACGAAAACCACAAGAUGGCCUUUUCACUGGUAGCAUUGACGCAGUCGAUACCAGCAACAACACCUACAGAAUUACCUUUGAAAGAGCGGGUCUUGGAACUCACAGUGUGCCUGAUUUUGAAGUUCUGUCAAACGAACCACCAGAAACCAUUAGUGUUGCUUCUUUCGCGCAAAAGUUUAGACCUCGGAUGGUGCAAUAUGUACCAUCACCUCCCUAUGCGAUGAAAUUAAUGUCGCCCAGAUUAAAUAAUGACCCUUUAAUAUCUAACGCCUCCGUAUCAAUCCCAAAAAAAUCGCAUAUCGGUGGUACGAUGAAUGGCUAUCCCUUAAAACUAUUGGAGUUUAUGGUAAAAGUCGACAAAAUAUUAGCGGCAAAGAAAAUCAAGAUAACGAAACUGAAGGAAAUGAACAGUGAGGCGGAAAAGAGACGAUCUUUCGGUGAGCCUUUGCCAGCUGACUUUGAGAGAAAAUAUGCAGGGAUAGUAGUUGAGCUUGAAAAGAUGAAUGUAGCGCUUCAAGAUUUCUUGAACGACGUUCAAGAAUUAUGUCAAGAAAUGGCUCCGGAACCAAGCGUUGCUGCUAUGCUGGCUCCUUCUCAUUUACGGGAAAAGUGUCAUCAAGAAGCGGCAGAUAUGGUUGCUAGAAAUGAUGUCAUUAACGAUAAGGCACCGGCAAAGAUGAGCGAACUUGUCACAGACCUUACUGCCCUCAUGCUUCAAGUAAAGAGCUUGUCGGAUUCUGACCGAAAUGCAUAUGAACUGAAAGUACUUCAAGGAACCAUGGAACAAAUUAGAUCGAAACUGAGUCCUCAAAAUCAACAGGUGUUUCAAAACUGUGUUGAAAUUCAUAUGCAGCAUAUUCAACUUGGUUUGGGAAAAAUAGGGGCUUUAACGCCAUUCAUGGCUCAAAAACAUGGACCAGUACGACCUGGAACGAACAUUUAUCGGAAUUUCCACGGCAUUCCUGCGGAACAAGCACCCAUUAAGCAACAGUUAGCCACAGGAGGUUCAAUGGCCAAAUCUCUAAGCGUCAGCGAUUUGGCUCUUAUGGGAUUACUUCUUGACGAGAACAUGUCGUGAAAGCUAAAAUAUGUGGACGAAUAUAGGUGCAAUGAAUAUUUAAUAAAAAAUCAAGAGAUGACACACAUUGGACACGUCUGAUUUAAAGAAUUGAUCAAGUAUGAAAAAAUUUUUAUUAAUAGGUAGUUUUGUUACAGCCCGUGUUGUAUGAUGUGAAUCAAUCUUUACUAUCCAAUUGUAUAGAUCCCUUCAUCGUUCAUCAGGCAUACUUAUAUUUCAUACAUUAUGUCUACAUAUUUUUUUUUCGUUUUACAAAAAGACAAAAAGUACGAGGAAUUGCAAUUAGGAAUGGUAAUAAGUUUUGAACCAACGUGGUGUAAAAAAAUUUUACAUCUUAUAUGAAAAAAAUUCUUCUGAUCUUUUUGCAAUAAUCAAUAUUCUCUUGACAUCGUAAAAAAUUUUUUACUCAAGUCACUUAUUUUGAAUUAAAUGUCUACAUAAUGUAUCCAGUAUCUUAUUGUGUACUUUAUAGAGGUGUGAUAUGGAAUGAUAACUGCAAUAUCAAACAUUAUUUCCGGUUGCACAAUUUUGUCAGUCUCACUUUGGUAAAAGUGGGAAAAAAAUUAAUUUUCUUCUUUUCUUUCAUCGAUAUUUCUGCACCACUGCUAACGUUCAAUUACACAGUUAAUACUUGCGUUGAAAAUAAUUAUGUAUUUACUUAAAAUUACAAAUAUAUAUAUCUUACGAUUAAAACAUUCAGUAAUAAUAUUAAAUCGUAAAAGAAAGAAAUUAUGAAAAUAUUGUAGUAGAAGAAUGUUGUGUUGAAUACUUGAGACGAUUGAAAUAUUUAAUUAAUAUUAUAUACGUUCAUACCCUAAUAAUAAAUGGAGAAAAUAAUAUUUUACCGAAAUUAAAAAGUAUGAGGAUGUAUAGAAUAUUUUGAGUUGCAUAUAUUAUAAACGCGCUAUAAAUUGUAUCUAAAAUAAUAGAUGAAACAUAAUUUGAUAUAAUGGAGACUUUCAAAACAAAUUUAUAAAUCCCUGAAUUGCUGCUUGUUGAGGAAAAGGAUACUUAAUGGAAGUCAACUACAUGUAGCGGUAUAAUUUCAGAUGCUUUAUUUAUAUACAGUUAAUUGUUUAACAAGGUGAUUAUCUAACAGUGUACUUUUGUUCGUAUGAAAGUAUCGUGGAAACUCAGUAUAAUUCAUUUUAUUUCCGUAAUAUUUAUUUCAACACAGGU